AUGCGAUACUCUACAAUCAUCGCCAGUGCAGUCGCUGCUUUCAGCCCCAUGGUCGCCGCUGACUGGGGCUGGCCCGAAGACCCCUUCGUAACCGGAACUUGCGCAGCGACAUGCAAUGGCUUAGCCUUGGCCUUCACACGGGACAAAGUAAAGGACUACUGUAACGAACUAGUCAAGGACGGUUGCCAUGGCGGAGUUGCCAGCUUAUACCCUGGCGCUGUCACAUUUGCAGCAAACGGUGACAUCGAUUGUAAGGAUACUGGUCCUAGAGACGUUACGCAGUGCCAGGAGGCUUUUGAACACGUCAUUCUUCAAACCAAGAGGUGGGGUGGACCUGGUGCUACUCUGAGUGCUCAGAUGUAUGUGUUUAACCAUAAUGGGGACCAGGCAGGUGCAGUGGGUGUUACUGGUGGUUGUAUUCCUAUUGACCCUCUCAACGUCGGUCUGUGUUAA